GCCGUCCUGCAGCUUUUCCCUUUCCUCACUGCUGGAACAAGGGGUCCCUUGUACCUUCCCACUUGGUCUCCAAGGCUGCUGCAGCCUGUCCAGCCUUGGAGACCAAAUGGAAACCAAACUCACCUGCACUAAGGCUGAGCAGUUGUUCACCUGCAUGACAUCAGGCUAUCACCAGGAUCACCAAAUCUCCUCCCAAAUGUGGGAAGGCACCAGGGUCCUGUGCAGCUUGGUCUCACUGAGAGCAUAGAAUCAUGGAACGAUUUUGGUUGGAAGGGUCCUAAAGAUGAUUUAGUUCCAGCCCCUUCCACCAGGAGGGCUGGAACUAAAUCAUCUGGUGCAGGGAUGCCAUGCACCAGAUCAGCUUGCUCAGAGCCCCAUCCAACCUGGCCUUCAGCUCUUCCAGGGAUGAGGCCACAACUUCUUUGGGCAAUGUGUUCCAGUGCCUCGUUACCCUCUAAGUAAAGAAUUUCUUCCUAAGAUCUGAAUCUCUUCUCUUUUAGCUGUCUCUAUCAAACAACCUGUUGAAAAGGCUACUUACAUGCUCAGCUUUUAGUGUGCAUAUACAGACCCCCUUUCCCUGGACGAUUCUAAUAUUCCUUAUUCCCCCAUCCCCAUAAUGCAUUUCUCUUGGGCAUCCCUUGGGACUUCCAGUUUAGAGCAGAAAGUUCCCCCAGAGGUUUGCUGCAGCAUCAUUCCUGCAUCUCUUGCUCCUGGAGAUAGUGCUUUUCUGAACAGCAGGAGCGCAAGGCCCUUGUGAAUGUGGCUAUUUUUUGGGUGGCUGAAGGGCAGCCCUAGCUCCUCUCCUGUGGCUAGGCACCCACUGUGGAACACCUUUGUGGCUGUGUGAAAAUCUGAAAAUUUGGUGAAUCAGGGUGGUGGGGCAGAGCUGGGACAGGUCUGGUUUCUGGGGUAUCUCCUCCCAUCUCUAAAUCAGCCACUAGACACUGGCAGUUUUGCAGUAUGGCUCCCUGCUUCUGACACCACCCCAAAUUUACGUAGCAAUAAGGCAGGUUUUGGGCAGACUUUGCUGAACUGGCAGCAAGGGAAGAAGGCUACAAGCGUAAAUUUAAUGCAAUGGAAGCCUGUGAAAUUGCUCCUGGCUGUGUGCCUGGUGUUUCUGUUGGUGCUGGAGGAUGAAACCACCCAAGCAGUAUCCCUUUGUCCUGUCUGUCCUCUCUGCCAUGUUGCAGCAGAGCAUUCCUGUUCAUUCACAUACGUUUUGCUGGCCCUCACACAGUGCAUACCCUGUGGGCUAAGGAGCUGGGCUCCCCAAGGGCAGAGCUCACCAGGGAUGGAUGCAGUCAUGCACCCAUCCCCUUGAAAGAGUCCAUUGCCUUGUGCUAAGUGCCUGCAGUCACACAGUCCAGCCCAGCAUUGCUGCAGGGAUAACUUGGAGGAGCCAAUUUCGCAGUGCAUGGAGCUGGGCAGCAAUGCCCUCCAGCUUCUUGCAGGCAGGAGGGCAGGUUUUGCUUCCUGGUCCAGCAGGGAGUUCCCUGCUAGCUUUUCACCUGCAUGAACGCUGCUUGGGUCAGCAGCAAGGUGGGGCCGGUGGGGCUGCUGGGGCCACCUGGUUCCUGAGCUGGCAAAGCAGACUUUCCUGUUUGGGCUGUGCAGUGCAGCCACCAUCCCUUCUGCACCCUCAGCUGUGUGCCCGCUGGGCUCCCAUCUCAGCCCACAGCAUGCCCCUGCCACACGUGCUGGCUUGACUGGAGCCUGGGCGGCAGGGAGGGAGGCUGACGCUGGGAAGGACUCUUGUCGGUCACCCCAGAUUAGCCAUGGCAGUGGCAGCCAGGAAAAGCAGGACUACAGCCUUCCCACACACCAGCAUCACCACCACAGCUUGGCCAGGCUCCCUGGACAGCUGGCUUAGCUGGAUUCCAUUACCCAGAUGGGCUCUCAUCACCGUGGCUGUGGCAGGGGCCAUUCUCCUCCUUCUCUUCCUCAUCUGCAUCAUCAAGUGCUGCUGUACCAAGAAGAAGCCCAAGAAGAAGGAGAGAAUCGGCUUGUGCGCCAUCAGCAACCCCACCAUGAUCAACCUUGUCCAGCCUGAGAUGGAAGACCUGGAGCGGGAAGUAGAGCAGAAGCGGCGAGGAAAGCUGCAGUACUCCCUGGAGUACAACUUCCGCAUGCAGGAGCUGAAGGUUGGCGUGAAGCAGGCAGUUGAGCUGAAGGCCAUGGACAGCGGAGGCACAUCUGACCCAUAUGUGAUUGUCUACCUAACAUCCGAUAGGAAGAAGAGAUACGAGACCAAGGUUUACCGCAAAACCCUGAACCCCAUCUUCAACGAGAGCUUCACUUUCCAGGUAGCCCAGUCUGAGGUGUCUGAAUCCACACUGGUGAUGCAGAUCUAUGACUUCAACCGGUUUUCCAAGCAUGAUAUCAUUGGUGAGGUCCGGCUGCCCCUGGCCAGUGUCGACCUGCAGCAUGUCAUCGAGCAAUGGAGUGACCUGGCGGUGGCCAGUAGUGUGGAGGAAGAGCAUCUGGGUGAGAUCUGCUUCUCGCUGCGCUACGUCCCCAGCACUGGCAAGCUGACCGUGCUCAUCCUGGAAGCCAAGCAGCUGAAGCGGAUGGACUCUGAUGGACUCUCAGAUCCUUUUGUCAAGGUGCAUCUCAUACUGAACAGGAAGAAAUGGAAGAAGAAAAGGACAAGUGUGAAGAAAAACACCUUAAGCCCUUACUUCAACGAGGUGUUUGUUUUUGAGGUGCCUUUCAGUCAGAUCCAGAAUGUGGAUGUGGUCAUCUCCGUCUGGGAUCAUGACAAAGUGACCAAGAAUGAACCCAUUGGCAAACUCUUCCUGGGCUGCCGAGCCACGGGCAACCAGCUGCGGCACUGGUCCGACAUGCUGUCCACACGCCGGCCCCUCGCCCAGUGGCACAUCCUGCAGCCCCCAGAGAUGGUGGACAAAGCCCUGGGACUCAAGUCCCACCUCAAGCUGCCCCUGCACUCCAGAUAGUGGGGGUCUCCUCCUCCACCCAGGGAGCAGGAUGGUGGGCUUGUGGAGGAGUGAGGGGCUUCUGCUCAGCAAGCUCUAGACAUGUUGGUCCCAGCUCAUUGUCAGCAAAGAGGGGACUGGGACUCCUUCUGGCCAAGAGAUGAUCUGGCUGCUGGUGCAGCUCAUGCUCUGUGUUACACCUGGGACAGGGCAGCUCGGCAUCCCAGGGCAAGGCUGGAUGUGGAGCAGAGGGUGCUAGAGGGGAUGUCAUGGGCACAGGAGCCAGCUCAUCCCAGCUGCUCGUGGGCUGGGGGGGGAAAUACACAGAGCUCCAGGCUCAUGCAAAACAGAGUCCAUUGAUAUUUAUAAAGCAGAUGGUUAAUGUGCUGGUGGCAUGGGUGGGAGAUUUCUUUAGUGGUGAAUAACUUGGCAAGAAGUGUGUUCAUGUUUCCUGUGAAGGCUUUUAAACAAGACCAAGAUAUUGAAGAACAUAAAGGGCUUGAGAGAAGGAAUACAGGUGGAUGAAGAAGAUGUUGGAGAUGUUGGACUAGUUCUGUAGUGCCUUUGCAAUGUGUGCUGCUCUUUGUCCUGGCUAGAGGCUAAAUGAGAAGCAAUGUGGCUUCACACUUAGCCCCUUCUCAGCCCAUGAUGAUUUGUGCACACUAAGAUGUGACUCAGGCUCUGGGACUCACCAGUGGCCAACCCCGUGCACCACAUGGAUGAAGAUGCACAGUGUCAGCUCCUUUCACCUCACACGGUCCUACAGGAGUGGCACAGCAAGGUUUGCACCUCUGGCACCUGCAGGUCCUGCCAGGGUGGAGGGGCUGAGGCUCUUGCCUUCACACUGUGAUCACACCACCCUGGUAGAGGCUGGCUUGCAGCCCUCACAUCACUUCUGGGCAGGUUUCAUGUUUAAUCUGGGAGGUUUUUUGUGACCACAUGUCCUGCCCCACCCUGCUUUGUGGGGCCUUGGUGUUGGGGCUGCGUAAGCAAAGAUCCAUCCUAGAAGGAUGAGGGCAUUGGAGUGGUGCUGCUACAUGCCCUUGAGUAUGCUGCAAUUUGGGGUGACUCCAGAGCAGCUUCUCUGAGCCAUCUGCAGGAGGAAGCUCCCUGCUCUGGGAAUUCCUCCUGUUCUAAAAUCCUUCUGCUACAAAGCAGCCACAGAACACAAGAUCUGGGCUCAUGCUGUGGAAUUUUGGCCCCAAAGAAAAAAGUCCUUUUCACCACAGGGAGCUGCAGGCUCAGUGCUAAUAGCUAUUGCUUGGACUCUGGAGGGGAGAGAGCCUGGCACAUUAAUGAAAAGCUAUUAAUAUUAAAAAGCACUUAAUCUGUGAUUACCCAGAGCUCCACAGAGCAACUAUCCAAGAGUUAAACAAACAUGAAGCUGAGGAAGAUUAUGAAAAGUCUUGAUAGAGAUUAAUGACCUGAGCUUAACCAUAAAAAGCUGCUGCUGUGUCUGCCUCUUGAUGAAUAUUCUCCAGGCUUCGCUGUGGCCGUGAGGAGGGAAGAAAUGUCAGGGUGGUUUUGAGAUGACUGUAACAAGUGAAGUGUGGCUUCUGCUGGGGAAACAGCAUCUGCUGGCAGCUGCUAAUGAGAUGGAGGAGGGAAUCAGUCACCUGAGAAAGACUUGUAAAGGGAGGUUUUAAAGCCUUCAGUCUCAACAUUAGAAUCAGCCUAGAACGGGCUGUGCAGAAGGGAACAUCUCUGAAUUGGGUUUGAGGUUCCAAAUCUAUUGCCAGGUUGGUUUUUGGUGAUGCUGUUGUGGUGAUUUAGGACCAUGCAGCAUCCAGAAAUGGCUUUUGGAACAGGCAGUUCUUA